AUGGAACCAGAACUCUUGACCGAGGUCCCCGCUGCAUUGAAACGUCUCGCCAAGAUGGUAGUGAGGGGGUUUUAUGGGGUGGAGCACGCCUUGGCCUUGGAUGUGCUCAUUCGCAACCCAUGCGUCCGUGAGGAAGAUAUGCUGGAGCUGCUCAAGUUUGACCGGAAACAACUGCGCUCUGUACUCAACACAUUAAAAGCUGAUAAGUUUGUCAAGUGUCGUAUGAGAGUAGAGACGGCACCGGAUGGAAAGACAACGCGACAUAACUACUACUUCAUCAAUUACAGAGUCCUGGUGAAUGUGGUCAAGUAUAAACUGGAUCACAUGAGACGACGUAUAGAGACUGAUGAACGAGAUUCCACCAACCGUGCCUCAUUCCGAUGUCCCUGCUGCUUUUCUACUUUUACUGAUCUCGAAGCCAAUCAGUUAUUUGACCCCACGACAGGUACAUUCCGUUGCACGUUCUGUCAAACGGAAGUGGAAGAAGAUGAAUCUGUGUGUCCUGAUGCCAGGACACUGGUGGCACGAUUUAACGAACAGAUAGAGCCCAUCUAUGUGCUACUCCGCGAGACCGAGGAUGUGAACUUGUCUCACGAUCUGCUGGAGCCCGAACCCACAGAGAUCCCUGCUCUCAAGCAGAGCCGUGAACGCAACGCGGCGGCUGCGGCUAACGCUGUGAGCGGACCACACCGAGAAGCCUGGUCCAACAAAGGCUCAUCCUACGCUGACCUCUACACCCAAAAUGUUGUCAUCAAUAUGGAGGCACAGGGUGACCUGCAGAAGCAAGCGAGUGAGGGCACGGCAUCCAAGGAGAGGCCUGUCUGGUUAACACAGAGUACUGUGCAGGGCGCUUACACAGAGUCGGACUUGCUGAAAAACCGUGGAGACACUGUAGCCGGCAUCCAAGAUGGAGCAGGUCACCCUGGAGCUGGCCAGUCCGAAGAAAACGAGGAGGUAAUGCGGGCCUUGCUCAUCCACGAGAAGCGAGCUGUAGCGGGGCCAGGUGGAGGCGGAGCAAACGCCGCCUCCAGGGGACUGGCGUCCGCCGCUACCAAUGCUAGCGACUCAGAGAGCGACACCAGUGAAUCCGACGACGAGGCGCCCACUGCCCCUCCUCCUCAUGUAGCCACCGCCGCUCCUCGGCGAGUUGCGGAGGAUGAAGAGGAGGAUGAUGAUGACUUUGAGGAGGUGGGAGAUGAGCCCACGGUGAUGGUGGGAGGCCGGCCGUUCUCUUACGGUGAAGUGAGCCAGAGGCCGGAGCUUGUCGAACAGAUGUCUGCGCAGGAAAAGGAAGCCUACAUUGAAAUGGGGCAAAAACUCUUCCAAGAGAUGUACUUUUGA